UGUGCUUCUCGUGCCUUGUUCACUUUUGUAACUCACCUUACCCGUUCACUCAUGUGACUCUCUCUCUUCACCACCUCUCUUCUUCACAUAAACAUCAAAAUAACCAUUCUCUUCCCUCAAAAGAAUCACAGUCAUAGAACCCAAUCUCUGAAAUGAUGCCCCCUCAGCAAGAAACCACCAUUACACCAAACAUUCCGGCCAUCCCAAACCGCUCGGAAAACAGCUCUGUCCAUGCUGAACCACCACCUUCCUCCACCAACAACAUUAAACCCACUUUAAGCAAUGACAUUCAGCACCAUCCACCUCCUUCAGCCACAAGAUUUUCCAUUCUUCACCAAUCCCUUCGUCCCGUUACCCUCAAAUUUGAGGAUGUUUCCUACAGCAUAGACUUUGGAAGGGACAAGAAUGGUUGUGUAUCAUCACAAAAGCCAAAGCUAACAAGGACGGUGUUGAAUGGUGUGACGGGGAUGGUGGGGCCAGGGGAGGUGAUGGCAAUGUUGGGUCCCUCAGGGAGUGGGAAAACCACCUUACUCACCGCCCUCGCCGGCCGUCUCGCCGGAAAACUCUCUGGCAACAUCACAUAUAAUGGCCACCCAUUUUCUAGCUCCAUGAGGCGUAACGUAGGGUUUGUGUCCCAAGAUGACAUGUUGUACCCUCACCUAACCGUGCUUGAGACUCUCACUUAUGCUGCCAUGUUGAAACUUCCCAAGAGUUUGAAUAGGGAAGAAAAGAUGGAGCAAGUUGAAUUGGUCAUUGUUGAACUAGGGCUGUCCCGGUGCCGGAACAGCCCGGUUGGCGGCGCCACCGCGUUGUUCCGGGGAGUUUCCGGCGGGGAGCGAAAGCGGGUCAGUAUUGGGCAAGAAAUGUUGGUGAACCCGAGUUUGUUGUUGCUGGAUGAGCCGACGUCCGGCCUUGAUUCCACCACAGCCCAGCGUAUCGUGGCGGUGCUCAAGAGCCUGGCCCGCAGUGGCCGGACGGUGGUGACAACCAUUCAUCAGCCUUCAAGCCGGUUGUAUUGGAUGUUUGACAAGGUGGUGGUGUUGUCGGACGGGUACCCGGUUUAUACCGGGCAAGCGGGUCGGGUCAUGGAUUAUUUUGAGUCCAUUGGGUUUGUACCCGCUUUCAAUUUCAUGAACCCGGCUGAUUUUUUGCUUGACCUUGCUAAUGGCAUAGUUGCUGAUGUCAGACAGGAUGAUCAGAUAGAUCACCAUGAGGAUCAAGCAUCAGUCAAACAGCUCCUAGUUUCAUCCUAUAAGAAAAACUUAUACCCUCUUCUCAAACAAGAGAUUCAACAGAAUAAUAGAGACCCAGGAUUUUUUAACACAGGAACAUCGAGAAGUUCUAAGAACCAAUGGACCACAAGUUGGUGGGAGCAAUUCAAGGUUCUGCUUAAGAGGGGUUUAAAGGAGAGGAGGCAUGAAUCUUAUUCUGGCCUAAGGAUUUUCCAAGUCUUGUCUGUCUCCAUUCUCUCAGGACUUUUGUGGUGGCAUUCUGAUCCCUUACACGUACAAGAUCAGGUUGGCUUGCUAUUCUUCUUCUCCAUCUUUUGGGGAUUCUUCCCUCUAUUUAAUGCCAUCUUUGCUUUCCCUCUGGACCGGCCAAUGCUUAUGAAAGAACGAUCAUCAGGCAUGUACCACCUCUCCGCCUACUACAUGGCACGAAUGAUUGGAGACUUGCCAAUGGAGCUUGUGCUUCCAACCAUAUUUGUAACUAUCACUUAUUGGAUGGGUGGUCUCAAGCCUUCUUUGGUUACAUUUGUCUUAACCCUUUUGAUCAUGCUUUUCAAUGUUCUUGUCUCUCAAGGAAUAGGCCUAGCACUUGGUGCCAUUCUAAUGGAUGUUAAACAGGCCACAACACUAGCUUCAGUGACCAUGUUGGUGUUUCUUUUAGCUGGUGGCUACUACAUUCAGCAAAUGCCAUCAUUUAUAGCUUGGUUGAAGUACAUUUCUUUUAGUCACUAUUGCUACAAGCUUCUAGUAGGAGUGCAGUACUCAGUAAAUGAGGUCAAUGAAUGUGGACCAGGGUUGCAUUGUAGGAUAAGAGAUUUUCCGGCCAUAAAGUGUCUUGGACUUGAUAGCUUGUGGGGAGAUGUGGCUGUAUUGGCUGUAAUGUUGUUUGGAUACAGAGUUGUGGCUUAUCUUGCUUUGAGGAUGGGGCUGCAUCAUUGACUAGAUAAGGAUCAUAAUAUUAAUUUUGCACUUUUAUUGUUGGGAUCAUUGCCUCAGUGGAAGUGGUAAGUCGGUUCAAGCUACAAGAAGAAUAUUAUAAAUAUUUCUGAUUAAUUGAUAUGAAAUGAAGCAAUUAAAAUUUGUGUAUAUGUAGUCCGUAUUCAUCAUGUAACUACUGCAAUAAUUCGGAAGCAACAUAUUUAAAGCACUGUGGUUGAUUGGUAUGAAAUG